AAUAGCUUAUUAAUUAGUAUGAGAUAGAUAAACAUUAAAAGAUAAAAUGAAAGUAUUGUUAGUAACUCGCAAUAAAGAAGAAUUAAAAGCAAUCCACUCGAGAAAUAUGAAAGGAAAUCUUAAACAUCUAACUAUGGUUUUGAUAAACACACAAGCAACAUUUUUAACCCAUAGUAAAUGAAGUAGAUACACUUAAAUUAAAUGUAUGCUUCUCACUAUCAAGAUAAUAUUUCUUAAGAUUAAUAAACAUCAGAUGAAAAGAAAACUGAACCUAUUGAUUUUUAAUAUAUUUUGAGAAAGGGAGAAAUAUAUUUUAUGUACGGUUCAUUUUUGAUAUAUUCGCUAGGAUUUUUACUAUUAAUUUUUUUGGUCUUUGGAAUUUAUAAAAUUUACUUGAAUACUUCAAGUAAUUAUUGUGAUGAUGAUACAAACUUUAUGUAUAUUUGCAAACUUUCAAAUGGAUUUGCAGAUACUAACUCAAAUCAAAGCUAUAUAAUCUAAAUUUUACUUUUUAUAUGCUUGACAAUUAGCUAAGUUAUUCGUUUAAAAUUUGGCAUUUAUGAUUUAUUUGAAAUUUCUGCUAACAAGUAUCUUAUUUAUCAAAUCAAAGGAGAAAAAAGUCCUACUUCUUAUACAGUUAAAAUAUCUAAUAUUAAAGCAGAAGAUAACCUAGAAGAAAACAUUCUUUUAUACUUUGAUUUGAUAUAAAAACCAAGAAGAGUUAAAAUAAGAUGUAUAACUUUUUGCUAUGAUAUCAAAAUAAUUGAUAAGCUCACAAAGAUAAAGUUUAAAGCAUAAUAAAAAUCUGAGGUUAAUUUUCUUUAGUAGAGGUUAGCCUAAAAAAUUAUCAGCCGCUAAGAAAAAGAAAUAAAAUCUUAAGAUUUAUUUAAUGGUAUUGCAUAUAUUACUUUUGAUAGCAUUGAAGAAAAAUAGUUAGUAAUAUAAUAUCAGAAGAAAAUUAUCAGUAAAUUCAGUGAGCUUUGGCAAACUGAAGGUGAGUAUUUAUAGAAGUAUAGGAAAUUAAAAUAAUAAAUAGAAAGUUAAGAUGGAAAAACUUUCUACUAACCUUCUGAAUGGUAUGAAGGUAUUACUAUUUCUGAACCAGAAUAACCUACUGAUAUUAUAUGGGGUAACUAACACAUACAUAUAUCUAAGUUAAGAAUGUUAUGGAUAAAAAUAUUUGCAGUUAUAUGCACAGGAAUUUUUAUAAAUUUUCUAUCUAUAUUCUUCUUGAGUAAAAUUUAACUUACAUCAUUAAAUUCAUUUAGAAAUUCUGGGUCUAACUCUAGUAAAGCCCUGUUUAUCAUAUUAUCAAUAGUAAUACCAUUAAUUACUCAAAUAAUUAAUAAGUUUAUUAGAUUUUUAGUCUAUGGAGGAUUUAAAUAAAUUUUUACAUAGAAAUCAACAAUAAGCUUAAUUUAUAUAAUUGUGUUGCCUAUAAUAUUAUCUUUAAAUGAAGUAAUGUACUUAGUAAUUUUAAGUGACCGCAUUUGUGAAAUGCAAAUAGAGUGGAUGAAUAUGUUUAUAAAUCUUUUGUAUCCUAUUAUCCAUACCAUGAGAAUGUUUAAUACUCGAUAUAAUAUAAACAUAUCUAACUUAAUAUUUGGCAACUAAUCAUCUUACAUUUAAUUCUAUAAUAAAGUCACAAAGGAUAAAAAUAAAAAAUAAAUUAAAAUAAACAAGUAGUAUGUCUUCGUAAUUAAAAUAUUUUACAAUACAAUAGCUAUUUGUGAAUCAAAUCCUUUAAGUAUUAUAUUUUACUUUGCAACAAUUUUUUUGACUAUCUAUAUUCAAAAGAUGUUGCUUAAAUCGAAUAAUUUAAAAUAAAAUUUUUGCUCAAGUGAUCUUUGUCGUUUCUAAGAUUUAUAAUUUUCUAUAGGAUUACUAGUCAUAUCUAUUACUUAAAUAUCACGUUUACAAAUAGACAAUAGUUUAAAUUUCAAAAUUUAGCUUGCCAUAAACAUAUUAACUGUUGUAUCUACUUUGAUAAAUACCCUUAUUACCUUGUAUAAAUAUAUAUAGAAUAAGCGAAAUUAAAUCAAAAAAGAUUAAAGGAAUUAAAAUUAUUUAUCUGAAUUGGAAUUAUCUUCUGUUAAAUCUAAAAUUACUUAAUAAAAUGAUUAAAAAAAUUCAGCAAUAUAAGACAUAGAAUUAAAAUACUCAUACUUUUAAUUAAACCCUGUCAACUUAUACAUGGCUGAGUAGAGAAAAUUCUCUGUUUAAUUACUAAAUCAAAAACAAUUAGAGUUAGAAGGUAGACUUUCAUUAACAAACACUUAAGAAAUAUUAAUAAAACUAUUCAAUUAAAUUUGUGAUGAUUAUUUUGAUAUCUCAAAAAGAGGGAAAGAUGAAAUGUAUAGAUAACCUGAUAAAAAAAAUAAUAAAGUUUCAAAAUAAUUUAGUGAAUUUGAAUUAAAAUCAUUUUUCAUUGAAGAUAGUAUUCUCAAUUUAAUAAACCUUUAUUUAGAAAUCUCUAAAAAUAAUAUCUCUAUCAAAAAAUAAACUGUUUUUCUAAAUUCACAAUUAUCUAGUUAACUUUUAGGAAAAUUUAAUAAAAAUAUUUUUUGAAUUACUUAUUGUACAUAUAUUAUACUUAUAGAUAUAUAUAUAUAUAUAUAUAUUAGAUCUCAUGUCAUGCACAAUUUAUACAUAAUUAGAACAU